AUGGGAAUAAAAAACCGACUAUGGACAGAUCCAACAAGGUCUGAUGUACUCCUUGGUCUACCAACAGUCGGAGUUGGUGGAUCAUUGGUCGAAGGUCAUCGGGAUGGGGUCGCUGGCUUCUUGCUGACCGGAACUCCCCUUUGGAGACCUGGGCCACCUAAAAAACCAGUGCUCUGCAAUGCAUGUGGAUCAAGAUGGUGGACUAAGGGGACACUAGAUGACUAUGUUCCCAAACAUGGAAAUAGGAAAACCCAGAGCAAUCAGUUACCUUCUGAGAUGAAAACACAUCUUUUAGCUCAUGAAGAUCAAAAGCUAGAAGUUGGAUUAGAGGUUUCUGGACAGGAAGACUCUUUAGCUAGUCUUGAAGAGGAAAUGAAUAACAUAUCAAGCUUAGGUUCAGCAGGAUUACCCUCAGAUAACUGCAUGCAGAUGGAAGAAACAAAUGACAAAGAUCCUCUCUGGAAUCCUGAGAGUGUCCCAAGAAGAAAGAGAUCAAAGCUUAGACAACUCAUCUUGUCACCUGUUGAAAGACUCCAGAGGCAACUCAAUAACAAUCUACAGGAACUAAACUUUGAAGAUAUAGCUCUUGAUGAUGAAACCGUUACUCUAAUCUAUGCACAGAACAAAUACAUUCCUCCAAAUGAGAUUGAGAAGUCGCUCAUAUCACCAACUACUACAGAACGCUCGAUGUCUUCAUCUCCAAUGGAAGAAGAUAAUGAUGAUUGCACAAUGAAUGUUCCUGAAACUCGUAUCAUUAAGUGA